UCAGUACUGAUUUUAUUAUGUCUAAAGUCGUAGAUUGAAUUUACGCGCUUUUUUUAUAAGCAGAAAGUUGAGUUCCGGCUCGACGCGUACUAGUAGCGCGGAGAUGUCGUAUGUAUUCAGGCGAACGGUUACUUGUUAUGUUUAGCAAUUGUGCUUGUUCGUACUGCGGAGAAUCGAUGAGUGUUGUAUUAUUUUAAUUCUUUUUGGGCGCUUUGAGUAGCCGCGAAAUUCGAAAUAUGCAGUUUUAUAAAGAAAAAUUACUCUCGCCCGGACAAUUAAAGCGAUUAAGUGAGCACAAAUAUAGUUGCACAACUAAUAGUCUUUUGGAUGCAUUUCUUCAACCCUGGUGGGACUGGCUUGUCAGCAAAGUUCCCCUUUGGCUUGCACCGAAUUUGAUCACUAUAUUGGGUCUAAUUGUCAACAUUGUUACUACAUUGAUAUUAGUUUACUAUAGUCCCGAUGCAAAAGUUGAGGCACCUAGAUGGGCAUGUUUCUUAUGUGCAUUGGGUUUAUUUAUUUACCAAAGUUUGGAUGCUAUCGAUGGCAAACAGGCUAGAAGAACUGGUACGUCUACGCCAUUGGGAGAAUUAUUUGAUCAUGGAUGCGAUUCAAUAUCUACAGUAUUCGUAGCAUUAUCCGCAUGUAUAGCUGUACAGUUGGGAUAUUAUCCAACAUGGAUGUUCUUCCAAUGUUUUUGCGCGAUGACUUUAUUUUAUUGCGCGCAUUGGCAAACUUAUGUCUCAGGAUCUUUAAGAUUUGGGAAAGUGGAUGUAACAGAAGCUCAGUUCACCAUCAUAGGAAUACAUCUUGUUUCUGCUAUUUUUGGACCUAAGAUUUGGAUGAUGGAGAUACCAUACAUUGAUGGUUUUCUGUUGAAAUAUUUAAUAGGAGUUAUGACAGUGGUGUGUGCUCUGGCAAACUUAUAUUCCAUAUUUUCGGUGAUUUUCACCGGAGGAGUGGGCAAGAAUGGUUCGACUGUGGCUAUCCCUAUGCUCGGUCUGGGCACGGUCAGUUGUUACGUGGCAGCGAUAUUUUACGCGGGCUACGCGCACGUCUUUCUUCAGUUUUGUAAAGUCUUUGAAUCUGGUGGAAUUGGAAAGAACGGUUCGACGAUUGCAUUGCCAUAUACUGGCACAGAGGUCAAGAUUUUUCCAUUAUGGAUCGCCGUGGGCAUCGCUAUUUUACUUGCACAAAGCAGUAUAUCCGUCAUUCUUGCCGGUGGUGUCGGAAAAAAUGGCUCCACCGUCGCAGGAACAUCGGUUCUGUCGCCGAUCAUCCCGUUUAGUUUCGUGGUAGUUCCAGCUUUCAUAAUUUAUAGAAAAAGUACUGAACACGUAUACGAAAAUCAUCCCGCGCUGUAUAUACUUGCAUUUGGGAUGGUUGCAGCCAAAGUUACCAAUCGAUUAGUGGUCGCUCAUAUGACGAAAAACGAGAUGCAAUAUUUAGAUAGUUCCUUGAUCGGUCCAGCCAUGCUGUUUCUUAACCAGUACUUCAAUUUUUUUAUCAAAGAGUACUACGUUCUCUGGCUGUGCUUCAUUUGGGUCACGUUGGACCUUCUACGAUAUAGCGCUCAAGUCUGCCUUGAAAUUUGUGAUCAUAUGAAGAUAAAGCUAUUCAGAAUACCGGUGGGGGAUCAUCGCACUGUCGGCCCUCAGCUUAACAUCGCCGAAAAAAAUGAAAUGUCCUUUGUAAACUUUGGAGAUACUGAUAUACAUAGUUCACAUGGUCAUCGAACAGGAGCCGCUAUUAAACGAGGAUUAUCAUCAUGGCUCUGAUACCGCCCUCGACAUCUGACGUUUACCAUUGCGUAUGGUAACAUCGAAUGUACCAAUAUGUUAAGCAUAAGCUAUUUACGAAUUGUAUAAAUAAGAAUUUACACGCAAGGAGUUCUUUACUUAAUUAUAAUAUCUGGGUGUAAAAGUCGGAUGUACAGUAUUUUUUACUAGCGUUGAGUACAACAAUAAAAAAAAGGUAUUUGCAUACUACAAA